CAUAUUGCAAUGUUUUGAAAUUGUGCUCGAUUUUUUUGAAAAAUGAGUUUUUGUCGCAUAUUUAAGCGAGAUAUUUACAGAUUGAUUCUUCAAGAUGUGUUUCAUUCAUCAAUCCUACCCAGUAGGAGUACAUUCAUUGUUAAACGAGUAAACCCGGUCCCCCUAUCAAGGUUAACGGCUCCAAGACCUAGAAUUUUGAAAGCAAGGCAUUUUGUUUAUGAAACAGUAGAGGACACUGAUCUAACUGAAGCUCCUGAUAUCCAAGUUGUCUUAACAAGUUUUGUUGAUGGCAUAGGAGAUGUUGGUGAUGUAAUAUCAGUGCAAGCAGAAUUUGGUAGAAACAGUCUUCUCUUACCAAGGAAAGCAUUGUAUGCUACACCUGAAAAUAUCGAAAAAUAUGGUGUAAUAAAAAAGACAAGGCCGGAAAGGUCGAAGUACAGCUCAAUACAUUCAGGAGUGACUAUGAGGUGCCUUAGUAAGAUGGCUAUUCCUGUUUAUAUGAAUUCUCAGGAGCCAUGGGUUAUUGAAAAUAAUCAUGUUCAAGUUGCAUUUCGGAAUGAAGGUUAUUGUGUACCAUUGAAUGCCAUUGAAAUGCCAAGUAAUCCUAUUGAAGGCCCAGAUGAAUCUAAAGAAGCUAAAGAUUUUGCAGUUUAUGUUACGAUUAAUAACACAGAAAGAAUACCAGUUAGAUGCAAACUUUUUCACAUAAAACUUGGGUUUGAAACUGCAAAACUCAGUGAAGAAUACUAUACGGAGAAAGGUGAUCCAAUUUUAGAUGAUCAAAAAGAACUCUUAGAUAGUAUGCCUAAACCAGAAUUACUUACUGAUCCUAAUCAAAAUAUAUCCUUAGUUGAACGAUAUCGUAUUCAAUAUAUUAAAUAAAUUGUUUUUACCAGUA